UCCGCUUCCGGACCUAUGUUAAGAAAUUUUAGAAAAUGGCGCUAAUUCAAGGAGCUGGGGAUCCCAGUGUAACUGAAAUAAACUGUGAUUUGGGACCGAAUUUGAGCGAAGGGGAUAUUAAUACAGGACCUCCAGCCGAUGAUGGGGAACCAGAAGAGCGGGAUCACAAGCUCCAGUGUUACUCGAAGCGCGCGGUUACAGAGCUCCUUGAAAAAUACCGGGAGCUGCUGAAGAGAGAGCUAGACCGAAAAGUGCAGUUAUCCAGUGAUGAUUUACUCCAGAACCUGCAGUCGCACUUUGAUGCUGCUGUUCAAGAGAAUAUUACCAUCAAUGGAGACACUUGGGAGACAGCUUCAGAAGAGCAGCCCCAAAAUGAUGCUGACAACAAGUCUCUUGAUGACCUGCUGGACGAACACAUUUUGGAGACUGUUCUCAGACGCAAACACAAUCCAAAAAAGAUCCUUCCCUAUAUAGUCAGGAGGUUGAAAGCUGAACGGGAAAUGAUGGGAUUGUACCAGCAAGUAGUUACACCACAAAAAAUAAGAAGCGAUCCAGAACAAGAUGACAGAAUGAAAAAUAUGUUGGCUUCUGCACCUGGAAUGGCCAAACAGGCCAGCACAGUCAUGAAGUCGCUGCAAGCUUUGCUUCAGAAAGCGGAAGGGUUGUCCCAGGUUAUGAGAAUGGAGCCUUUUGUCGGGCUCUCCAAGGCACACCAAGCAGUUUUCAGACAUGAGGAAAGAGAGGAGAAAAGUAACACAAACUGUCUUGCCAGUCUGCUGGAGGUAACUCCCACAGAGAAUGUCGCAAAGAAUUCUCCAAAGAUUAGAUGCCCAUUGAAAAGAAAAUCUGUGGAAACUGAAACACUGGCAAUGUACCCCCUGAGAUCAAAGAGACAAAUCAGUCUUAGCGGAAGCUAAAAAUUACUUUUCUGCGUUGAACUAUACAGGUUAAACCUUUGCAGAGAUUGAAGAAGAAAAGGCAAGAAUGGAAAGUAAAAUGUACACUGCUAUUUGGAUAAAGGUGUCCUAUAUCCAUUAACAACAUUAACUGUAGUGUUCAUUGCUUUACACAACUCCCAAGCAUUGCCUUGUAAUUUUAAUUUUGGAAUUUUAUACCACUUUCGUGUACAUAAAUAUAUAAAGCUAUAUGUAAAUUAUGUAGACUUUUUUUUUAUUGGGGGAGGGGUUAAAUGUUUUUUUUUAUAACAGUAAUUGGUAUAUGUUCUUGCACAGAAACCUUUUAAAGCUGUCUUU